AUGCCGCGGGCUUCCAACCCCCAGGCGGUUCGUGAAAGAAAUACUUCCAAAGCGUCUCGGGAAAAGCAGGGCCCCAAACGCUUUUCAGAUCACCGUCGAGGCCGACCCCACGCCCAGCCGACCCCACGCCCAGCCGACCCCACGCCCAGCCGACCCCACGCCCAGCCGACCCCACGCCCAGUCGACCCCACGCCCAGCCGACCCCACGCCCAGCCGACCCCACGCCCAGCCGACCCCACGCCCAGCCGACCCCACGCCCAGCCGACCCCACGCCCAGCCGACCCCACGCCCAGCCGACCCCACGCCCAGCCGACCCCACGCCCAGCCGACCCCACGCCCAGCCGAUCCCACGCCCAGCCGACCCCACGCCCAGCCGACCCCACGCCCGGCCGACCCCACGCCCAGCCGACCCCACGCCCAGCCGACCCCACGCCCAGCCGACCCCACGCCCAGCCGACCCCACGCCCAGCCGACCCCACGCCCAGCCGACCCCACGCCCAGCCGACCCCACGCCCAGCCGACCCCACGCCCAGCCGACCCCACGCCCAGCCGACCCCACGCCCAGCCGACCCCACGCCCAGCCGACCCCACGCCCAGCCGGCCGCACACCCUUGGCGCCGGAGCAUCACCUUCGCCUGGGUGGCGGGGCUCAUGCAUCGGUGGGGCUUCAUGACCCACUGGGCCAUAAAGGCGUCUCUCAGGAGCAUCACCUUUGCCUCGGUGGAGGGGCUCAUGCAUCGCUGGGGCUUCAUGAACCACUGGGCCGUAAAGGCGUCUCCCAGGUCGAUCACCUUCGCCUGGGUGGCGGGUCUCAUGCACCGCUGGGGCUUCAUGGACCACUGGGCCGUAAAGGCAUCUCCCAGGUCGAUCACCUUCGCCUGGGUGGCGGGUCUCAUGCACCGCUGGGGCUUCAUGGACCACUGGGCCGUAAAGGCGUCUCCCAGGUCGAUCACCUUCGCGUGGGUGGCGGGUCUGAUGCACCGCUGGGGCUUCAUGGACCACUGGGCUGUAAAGGCGUCUCCCAGGUGGAAGAAAUGGGCUCCUCUUUUCGAAGGAGUGGGUGGGGAAGGAGCAGGCGCUGCUGCAGCUGCUGCUGCUGGUGCUGCUGGUACCGGUACUGCUGCUGCUGCUGCUGCUGCUGCUGCUGCUGCUGCUGCUGCUGCUGCUGCUGCUGCUGCUGCUGCUGCUGCUGCUGCUGCUGCUGCUGCUGCUGCCGCUGCUGCUGCUGCUGCUGCUGCUGCUGCUGCUGCUGCUGCUGCUGCUGCUGCUGCUUCUGCUGCUGGUACUGCUGCUGCUGGCGCUGCUGCUGGUGCUGGUCCUGCUUCUGCUGCCACUGGGGACGCUGCUGCUGCUGCAGCUGGUGACGCAGCAGCAGCAGCAGCAGCAGGGGAGACACUCGUGCCAGCAGAGCUCUCCUGGGACCUGUUCGACGAGGGCUUUAACCUGCUGCCAGGGGAGAUCGAGGCACUGGGGAAGGUUGCGGAGGAGCUGGAGCUGCAGCGGCAGCAGCGGUUUCGAGAGGUGGUGCUGGCGGGGGCGUUUAACAAGAGGAAGAAGAAGAUGAUGCAGAUGAAAGAGAGAGCGGGAGGAGCGGGAGGGGAGGGAGGGGUAGGGGGAAUAGCAGGAGAAGGGGAGGGAGGAGGGGGAGGUGGAGGGGGAGGAGGAGGGGGAGGAGGAGGGGGAGGAGGAGGGGGAGGAGGAGGGGGAGGGGAAGGUGAAGGGAUGCAAUCGGCUGGGGAGAGGGAGAGAGGCGAAGGAGGGGGGAGAGGGGAGGGAACGGAGGGUGCAGAAGGCUUGGGAGGGAGUGAUUUUGAUGACAAUGGUGGUGGUGGUGAUGGUGGUGAUGAUAGUGAUGAUGAUGGGGGUGGUGGUUUUGGCCUGAGUGUUGGGGCAGGGAGAGAGGGCGGGCUAGGGGAGGGAGAGAGAGCAGCAGCAGAACGAGGGGUAGGGGGAGCAGCAGGGGGAGCGGCAGGGGCGGCUGUAGGGGGAGUGGCAGGAGGGAGUGUAGCAGCCUCACUUCUAAACUCGCUCAACCUAGCCAACUUGCCUGGACCAAUCCCAGCGUAUCUUCAAGAUAUUGUUGCUGAGCUGGCGGGAAUCCGGGUCGGCGGAGCCUCGGACACUCUUCCGAACCUGCAGACAGCGUGGGGAAACCUCGACAAGGCGUCUCCCGAGCCUGUUUCGACGGGUUUUGAAACCGGUUCGGGCACAGGUUUGGAUAAGGACAGGGGCAGGAAGAGGAAGAGGAGGGAAGAAGAGGGGAGGGGAGAGGAAGGGAGAGGGGAGGAAGAGGAAGCAGAUGGGAGAGAGGGAGGAGGAGAGGGAGGGGAGGGAGGGAGGGAGGAGAGGGAUGCAGCAGUCGCAGCUGUUAUGGCAGCAGGAAAGAUCAAAACGCCUGAGGAGUUUUGGCGGUGGUGGCAGUUUUCAGGGCUGGUAGGGGUGAGGGACAUGCGGGAUGCGUGGGGUGUGCUGGAGGAUGCCUCUGUGGUUGCUGUAGAGGAGGAAGAGGAGGAGGAGGUGGAAGAGGUGGAGGAGGAAAUGGAGGAGGGGUAUGAGGAGGAGGAAGAGGAGGUGGAGGGGGAUGAGGAAGAUGAGGUGAUGGAGGUGGAGGAGGUGGAGGAGGAGGAUGCAGAGGUUGAAGAGUGGGGGGGGUGUGGAAAGAGGGGAGGGAAAGGGACGGGAGGAGGGACAACAGGGGGCGAGACGGAGACAGGUGGGGAAACGGAGGGAGAAGCAGCAGAGUGGGGCGAUCAUACAAAAGAGGAGGCGAGGGAGAGAAGGAAGCAGCAGAGGAAAGAGAGGAAGGAAAGGAAGAAGAGGAAGAGGGAGAAGAAGGAGAAAGAGAAGAAAAGGAAGAAGGAGAAGGGGAAGGAGAGGGAGAAGAGGGGAAAGAAGAAGGGAAAGGAGAAGAUGGGUGUAAGGGGGGAUGCAGUUGCAGCCUUCACCAAUAUGCUGCAGCAGCAGGCAUCAGGAGUAAUGCCGAUGCAUCCUGCCUUCCCCCAAUCCGCCUUCCCCCAAUCCUCCUUCCCUCAACCUCCUUUCCCUGCCGCUGCUGCUGCUGCUGGUGCUGCUGGUGCUGCCCCUGCCUCUGGUGCUGCCCCUGCCUCUGGUGCUCCCCAGGCCCAGGUGACCACGAUCCAGUUCGGGGCACAGCAGGAAACGCCGUACGGCACGCGGUUUGCCACUGUGACACAGCACACGUACAACACUGCACCACCCACAGCACACCCGCAGCAGCACACCAACAGCGGUCAGCAGCAGCUGCUGCAGCAGCAUCAGGGUCUGACGGGGGGACAGGCUCCUCUGGGUCUGCCCCCUCUCCUCGCACAGUUCCUGUUCCCGUCCUCUCUAGUGCCAUCCACUGGUGCCUCUCUCACUGAUGCUGCUGGUUCUUCCAAUGCUCUUUCCAGCGCUCCUUUAGCUGUUCCUUUCAACAGCACCGCUCUGUUUCCCACCCCCACGGCUGCGCACGCCACUGGUACCCCCUCCUCCGGGUCUGUUGCCUCUCUGCAGGCCCUGGCAUGCAACGUUGCCCAGUCCUUUGGUCCCGAGUUCGCACUCUCUCUUGGCUCAUUGCUGAUGCAGCAUCAGCAGCAGCAGCAGCAGCAGCAGCAGCAGCAGCAGCAGCAACCGCAGCAGCAACCAUGCCCCUCUGUGGCUGCCGCUUCCCUCCCUAACCUCUUGCAGCAGAUCUCCAUGUUAUCCUCACAGGGAAGUGCCCAUUCCCCCCCUCAGUCGCAAAUUCCCACUGCUUCUGCUGCUGCUGCUCUUCUACCGGCGCUGCUGCAGCAGAUUGCGUCCGGGGCUACCCAGUCCCAGCAGCCAAUGCAGCACUCUCGAUCCGCUGCUGCUGCUGCUGCUCUGUCUGCUGCUGCUCUGCCUGCUGCUGCUCUGCCAGGCCUACUGCAGCUGAUUGCCUCUCUCGUGAACCAGCCUACUCACUCUGCGCGCAUGCAGCCUCCCCGCCCCACUGCUCCUCCUGCUGCUGCUGCUCCUCCCUCUUCCACUGCUGCCACUGCGGCUACUACUGCUGCUGCCCGUCACCCCCAUGCUGCCACCCGCGCUUCACUUCAACGGGUCCCUGCUACAGGGCGGUUUAAUCAGCCCUCUGCUACAAGGGGGUCUGAUCGCCCUUUUGCUGCACCUCCCCCUCUCCUCUGCACCUCACCCCCCCUCCCCGCCUCACCUCCCCCGUCCCCUCCCCGCUCGUCUGCACCUCCUCCAUCCUCAGCCACCGCUCUCCCUGCCUCGCUUCCCCCCCGCAACGCCCUCCUGAGCUUCCUGCACGGACCCCGAGGCCCUCUUUCAAACUUCUCGUCCAGAAGCUCUCCUGCUGCUGCUCGUAUUGCUCCAUUGGGUCCUACCAGGGCCUUUGAGCAGAAUUAUCGGGAACCAGAUGGUCAUGGUCCUAUCAGGGUCCUCAGGCGACGCGCCAACUACAACGCCCCUGCUUCUGCUGCUGCUGGUUCUGCUGCUGCUGCUUCUGCUGCUGCUGGUUCUGCUCCCCGCCUGCCAGCCAAUCCGCCUUCCACUGAUGCUGAUCGAUACGACUCAACUGCUAACCAAUCCACUCUGCCUGCUGGCCGUUACUCUUUAACUGCUAGCCGGCACAAUCUGCCUGCUGACCGAUACACUCCAAGUGCCAACCGGCUCACUCGGCCUGCUUCUCUGCUUGCACCAGCAGCAGGAGCACCAGGAACAAGAGCACCAGGAACAGUAGCAGCAGAAGGGGUGCAUUCCCCGUUGUCCCACAGGUCUGGAGUGAUUCUCGCCCUCCCAGCCGCAUCGUCCCCCACGUUUGCCUUCCGUGCACCUGCUGCUGCACCUGCUGCUGCACCUGCUGCUGCACCCACCGCUGCACCCACCGCUGCACCCACUGCUGCUCCUGCUCUUGUGAUCACCGUGACUGGCCGAACCCGUGCGGCUUUGAAGGCUGGGUUCUAUGCUACAGCUGCGACUGGAAAGGCGGGAUUUUGUGCUACAGCAGCGACUGGGAGAACCCGUGCCGCUGUGAAGGCUGGAUUCUAUGCUACAGCCGCCACUGGAAAGGCUGGAUUCCGUGCUACAGCUGUGACUGGACGAACCCGUGCUGCUGUGAAGGCGGGAUUCCGUGCCGAGAUUCCUGUGGGGCAGAGUGCGCAAGGAGAGGAGGAGCAGGCGCUCAGAGACGGAGGGGAGCAGGCCUUGAGAUGCAGUGAAGAGGAGUUGUCGAAAGCCUCCUGCCUCGCUACCACUAAAGCAUGGCAGCCCCUCAAAUCAGCCUCCCGCACCGCCACUGCCACUCAUGCAAGAUAG